GUUUCCCAAAUUUAGUCCAAACCCCGACUCUUUGUUUUUUUUUUUCAUUUCUGAGGCGAUUCUAAUCCACUUUAGCACUUGCUACUACUACUGUUACUACUACUACUACUUGUACCACUAUGCCUGGCAUUCUGAAGGUGCGCGUGUCGGAGGCGCGCGAUCUGCCAAUCAUGGAUCGCUCGACCGAGCUCACCGACGCGUAUGUCGAGGUCAAGUUUGUGGACGAGUCCUACAAGACGAUCGUGUGCAAAAAGACCCUCUGCCCGGUGUGGAACGCCGACUUCCGCUUCGAGCUCGAGGACGAGGAGCUCCAGGACGACACGCUCGAGAUCAAGGUGUGGGACCAGGACACGAUCAGCUCGGACGACGCGAUUGGCAAGGUGCUCGUUGAUCUCAAUCCGCUGCUGAGCCCGGACGGACCGGCGCAGAUUGCAGGGUGGUUCCCCAUCUACGACACGCUGCGUGGCAUCCGCGGCGAGGUCAACGUGUCGGUCAAGCUCGACCUCAUCUCGGACGUCAACAAGUUCCGCGACACGUCGCUGGGCGUCCGGUUUUUCGCAAUGCGGUGCUUGCCGCCAUUCUACCGCACGACGGCCGUGCAUGGGUUUGUCGAGGAGCUCAUCGUCGACGACGAUCCAGAGCACCAGUUCAUUGACAACUUUCGCACGCAGCGAUCGUCCAACGAGGCACGCCAGCGCUUGUUUGCUCAGCUCUCGGGCGAGCUGCGGCGCAAGAUCGGCCUCAAGACGCUGGAAAUGGGCGGAAACGCAGUCACGGGCUACCAGCAGUCCUUUGACAUUGAGCAAGAGUUUGGCAUUGUCGCACGCGCGAUCGGCACCGCCUGCACGGUCAUCAAGCCGUCCGACGCGGACCAGCAUCAUUCGCCGUUGCAGUCGCCCGUGGACACGCCCAGUACCACCACGUUCGGCACACACCACGACGCGACAGGUGGCUCGGGCGCGCAAGCAGGGGGUGCAACAGCGACUGCCAUUAACAUCGCUGGCGCGGCCGCGAACAACGCUGCAGGAUUGACUGUGAGCGCCGCUGGCUCUCCCUCCGAUCCGUCAGGACUGACUGUCGGCAGCGUUCCGCUCUCUUCAUCGCUACCAGAUGCUGUCGCUGGCAAUACCAAGCUAUCCGUGUCCACCGGCAUGCAGCGCCACGUUCAUUCGCAGCAAGAGCUGCCGCUGAUUACGAUUGUUGCAUUUCCCAAAGGCGUCGUGACGAGCAUUGGCGGUGUUGUUGCCGCCAGGUCGGUCAAGCUCCUCGACAAGAUCCACAAUCCGGACGAGCCUGUCACGCGCGACAAGUGGUGGAUUGAGAUUCGCGAGGAGAUUCGCGCUCACGCUCGUGCCAUGGGCUGCUCCGCCGUGGUCGGCUACAGCGAGUCCUCUACCGUGUGCGGCGAGCUGUGCUUGCUGUCAGGUGUUGGCACGGCCGUCAUUUUGAACUGGUCGCCGCUCACCUACCGAGGCCUGCACCCGGACGAUGAGUUUGCGCCGCUUUCCUUCCUUUCAGAAGGAGCUGAUGCCGCUUCCUCGACCCGGCAGUCCAGCAUCGACGAAAAUGCCCGCACACCUCGCGGCAAGGGGCGAUCUCGGCGACGGGAGCGUUCGUGUAUAUCCUGCCACGUGCCCUUCAAGAAGGAUGCUCUACCGUUCAAGACAAACCUGGUUCGCUGCGCUCAUUGCAAGCGAGCGUUGGUUCCUGAUGUGAUUUUCGCCACCAUUGAGCCGCCAGCUGGUGUUCCAAUGAAUGGUCAGGGCUGCAUCAUCGAGGCGCGCAUGUGUCGCCCGAAAAAGAAAGCCCAAGGAGAGGCGAAUGCCACCCUUUUGGGCGAAGCGACGCCUUUUAUCGAGUACGAACUGCAUCGUCAGCUCCUGUACAAGCUCAAGCUGAAAGGUCUGAACGCACUGUUUGCGCUCAAGACGCAAAUCACUGUUGGCGAAUCGCUGAUUGUCGGUGUUGCUACAGCCACGGCGGUAUUCUUGUCAGCUCUACCUGCGCCACCGCCAGUGCAGUUUGCCCGCAACAACAUUGAAGGAUCCGAUCGAGGCGAUUCCUCGCAUUUGGACACGCUCACUCAAGCGCUGAAGGACAUGAAUACGCGAAAUCGACCAGAAAUGAGCUUGGGCGACGAUGAUGAUUCGUCCUCCGAUUCCUCAAACUCGAGCGACGACAGCGACGAUGACGGUCAUGGCAUGGUGGAGUAUGGCGACCACGCUGCUUUCGUAGUUGAAGUGGACGACGAUGCAGAUAUGGAUACGAUGGCCGUGCUCUUCGAUCCCCCACUCCCCGAGGGCUUUCACAUGUGCACGACACAAAUUCUGCCCCCUGCUCUGCCGUUGACUCAAAGCUCGCUCUCGAGCCUGGUCAUGACUCCGCAUUCGUUCGUGUCGCAGAUGAGCGCCGUGUCGCAAGUCUUGCCUCCGUCGGUCCCCAUGUCGCCGCUAUCGAUGGCACCCAGCAACUAUGGCACUCAUUCUGCGCCAUCUCCCGCCGUGCUUUCGCCCAACCCGGCUGCGCCUGCUGGGAAUGUGGCCGCGAUGAAUCCUCAGCAGCAGCAGCAGCAGCCAGUUUCGCAGAAUCCUGCUGUCGGCGGUGCUGCCCCGGUUCCACUUGUGGUCCCUGCAUUCACGGUGCAAGCCCUCACUGCUGUCCGUCGAGUUUCGCUCGGGGAAAAGCGACAGCAUCCCAACAAGCAACUGGCGGCCAUGUUCCACGGCAUUCACCAGUCGCUCUGGUUCAAGCUUCGCUCCAUCGGAAGCUGCUGCCUGACGGACAUCAAGUACGACAUCCAAGUGCCGGAAGAAGAUGUCAUUCAGAUCACAAUGACCACGAUGGUGCAGGCCAUGCGGUCUUUGCCGGAAACGAGACUGCUUCACGCAAUGCUCGAGCGUGCGACUUCCAGCUCUGGUUCGCGUGAUCACCCCGACGAAUUCCGAACCGUCUCUGGACGGCGCUUGAGGCAGCAGUCGCUCAGUACGGACGAGGAGUCGCUCAUGUUCCCGAUGGAAGCGCCUGAUGCAGCCGGUCAAACCGCUCCAGGAACACCCAUGCGCGUGCCAUCUGCCUCGCUGGCAGUCGUUCCCGAAGCGAGCCAGGAGAGCAAUGGGAGCAGCGCGAGUGAGUCAAACAUGCAUCACGUUGUCGCAGCUCCAAGCGCUGCCCCGACUUCUGCUCCUGCGCCAGCUGCCGGAGGGUCGAGCAAAGCAUUCGUCCCUUCCCAGGUGGCCGGAUUCUCCAGCUGGGUUGCGGCGAAAGAACUCCACGACGCGCAGCGUAGUCUGCAGAGACAUCUGAUUGAAAUCACCUCGCUGUCGUACAUUCCAAACGCGCGCUUGGACAAGUGGCUUGGUAGCAUCUCACUCUUUUUAAUCAAGGAAAGCUCCAACGUCCGCGAGGACGGCGGCGCAUCCGCGUUCACUCAGCGAUUCCUCAUGGAGGCUCACGCCAUGGCGCGAGCGCAAGUGGCUGCCCAAGGGGGCAACGCGCUCAUUUCAUUCCAAACCAAGCACAGUGUCAUUAUGGAUCGAAAUCAGAGCUACCAAUGGGUUUAUAUCACGGGCGAUGUUGUCGAAGUUGUGCGUUCGGGAGACAAAGAACAUGGCCUGACAUUCCUGGGAUCCAAGUUCAAAUCUUUCUAGGCCAGGCACUGUUGAACGAUGACUGUUGGUAAACAAAAAUAUAAGAACUAAAAAAACAAAUCGC